CGCCGGCGCUCACUAUAUAGGACGAAGGUGAUUCUAACGGCUCCGUAGUUGUGUUCCCUGAAUCGAUACACGCGCAGUGUUGUUCGCCCCGCGCUAUGAAAAUGUUGCCGAGCCGUUCGUUUUUCACGGGCAUACGGCGAGUGGCUGGAACCGGGCCACGAACGUUGUCGCACCAGCAUUCCGUCGCCGCAGCUCGGGCCGACGAAUAAAAGGAAGGAAAGAACAGGGGGAAAAUAAAGGAAAGUGGGAGACGCUCGAGGAGGUGUCGCGUGUGGCGGUGCGCGGCUGGAAAUUCGAGGGUCCUCGCGUACCACAUCCAUCCACGCCUUCCCCUUCAUCGAUUUCCGAGGAGGCACGGACGCGCGCAAAACCCCCGCCGCCUGGUGCAACGUGAUCGUCGCUCGCACGGACAUGAACCGAACGUGAAAGUGUUCGAUCCUCGUCGACCGUGGUCGCGACCGAACCGAUUAACAACCUCAGUGCCUCGAGGAAUCGGCAGGGGUGGUAGCCACCGGGUUGCUCGGUUAAAGGGAGGAACCAAACUCGUGUUAACGGUGUGUGCGUCUUAAUCGAAUUACUAUCAAUCCGGGUGUGAUAUUCUAUUACUACUAUUGAUAUUUUGCUGGUGAAAAUUCGUACAAUCAAGAAUUCCCCCUGGAUACACUGAAGAAUGUGAUAAUGUUAAAGUGUUCUCCGAGUGGAUUUCCGGUAGCGCUAACGGCUCCGGUGAUAUGCACCGUGCCACCGCGAUACGGAAACCGUUUUCCGUAGUAACACGACUGCGGCUUGAUUUCGAUCGUGUAAUCGGUAAUGCCGAUGAUCGACGCGCUCCCUCCCAGGUGUUCUCCGAUCAUUAACGAGACGUCUGUACGACUCGCCGUGAACAGUGCACCAACGGAAGAGACAUUCAGAAGGUGUUUACGUUUCACGAGAAUCUUUUAUUAACCAGAUGAUUUGUGGCAGUGAUGCCCUCGUCAGAGGAGGAAAGUCAGUGGCUCGUUGGCAGCGGGGGUGGUCCCGCAUCUUCCGGCGGUGGCACAGUAUCCGGAACUGGAGAACGCACUGUCACAAUUAGAGGAGGACUAUACACCGAGGAAAUGACGACACAACCGACAAACGCGAACACUGCAGGCGUGAACACGGCUUCCGCCGAUUCCGCCGAACACGAUCUCAUCGAUUCCACGGCAGACGCAACACUUUUAGCACAAUUUCACGAAGACGCUAUUAAACAGGCUGGUGUUGGUUACUUUCAAGUAUUGGCUGCUCUGUGCACCGGCUUGAGUCUUGCGGCAGACACUGUUGAGUUUUUUGUUGUACCGUAUAUUUUACCAAGUGCAGAGGUUGAAUUAUGCAUCGAGGAUAAUGAGAAAGGAUGGCUUAGCAAUAUUACACUGAUGGGUCUAGCGGUAGGUGGAAUAUUCUGGGGUGGUCUAGGGGAUAGACUUGGGAGACGUAGAUCAUUGUUAUCUGCCAUGUCUGUACAUGCUUUAUUUAGUGGUGUUGCUACUUUUAUGCCAACUUACGGCACAUUUAUGAUGGCUAGAUUUUGUUCUGCAAUAGGAGUAGGAGGAUCUUUACCAUUAGCAUUUGCAUAUCUAGCAGAAUGUUGCCCAAGACUAAGCAGAGGUCGAUGGGUAGGUUUACUUGUAGCAGCAGGAGCAUUAGGAGGUGUAUAUGCUGCUCUUAUAGCAUGGGUAGUUGUUCCCACAACUGGAGAAAUGGUGGUUCUUGAAAAUAAAGAGCACUUCAGUGCAUGGCACCGGUUUCUUCUACUUUGUUGUUUACCUGCAUUGUGCUCUACCAUUGGACUUAUUUUUAUACCAGAAAGUCCAAGGUAUUUGGUAGAGGCAGGCAGAGAUGUGGAGGCUAUGAUGGUUUACCAGAAAAUAUAUAAAAAGAAUAAUGCACGAAAGGGUGCAACAGGUGCACAAUAUCAGCUUUCUGAAUUGGAGCUUCCAACUAAAAGGCCUCGUGGUUUGGCACCUCCAUCUCCUACUAACCACACUAGCGUAAUGGCUGAUAUAAUUUAUUCUAUUGAAAUGUUUUGGAAUUCUUUUCUGGAACUAUUUGUAUCGCCGCAUUUACGCGUAUCGAUAGUGCUUAUAAUUAUAUGGUCAACUGUAUCAUUUGGGCUAUACGGCCUUAUGGUAUGGUGUCCUGAGUACCUUAAACUUAUACGUGCAACGGAAUAUAAAAAUCAUACGGAGCUCAUUUCCGAGAGAGAAUAUAGAAACGAGACAUUCACAGGUUCCUUCGAGAAUUGUCAGUACAGAAAUUCGAACUUUUUUAAUUGCAAAUUUACUAAGAUGGUAUUCAGCCAUGUAGAUUUUGACAAUUGUACUUUCCAUACUGUAGAAUUUAGUAGUAUAAAGUCCAGUAAAACCCACUUUACGAAUAGUACGAUUGUACACUCAAAGUUUGUGGAUACUGAUUUAUCUCGGCAAGUCUUUUCGAAUUGUACACUGCAAAAUAAUACGGAAUUAAGUUUAAGUGGACCCUGCCCGACUCUCGAUUUGGAUUAUAAUAUUUAUAUAGAGGAAGCACUCCAUGGUCAUCUCGUUGCUCAAUUGGCCUUCGUGCCUGCUGCUGCUUUGGCAGGAUUAGCACUUACUGUACUUCAGCGGCCAAAAAUGAUUGGUAUUUCAUUAUUUUUUUCUUCGGUAGCAGCCUUAUGUCUAAUUCUAGUGGGUACAAACAGUUCGGCAGUCCUUGGUUUCGAAGGGGGUUUCAUAGCAGUUUUUGCUAUCGCUUGGACGUCACUUACAUUGGUCACAGUUGAGAGCUUCCCUACCCAUUUGAGAUGUACUGGUUUUGGCCUGAUAGCGGCUGUUAUAAGAAUAUCUGGUUUGAUAGGAACCACAACUUACAAAACUUUAGUCGGCGCACCCUUAAUCGCGCCUGCACUGUUGACUGCAUUGCCGUUGUUAAUAGCUAGUCUCACAACGUUUAAAUUGCCUCACACUCAUACAGUUUUCUUAUAAGGAUCUUACGAGUAAGUGAAAAGAACAAAAAAAAAGGAACACGAGGAAGGAUACACUGUAUGAAAACAGAGAAAAGACGUUUUUAAUGUAUAUUUUAAUGCAUCAUUUCUGAACUGCGCUGACGUUUUUACACGAUCACACAUUCACGACAAGAAAUUCGGUCAAGAUCGCACCUUGAGGUCAUCGAAAAAUCGAUUUCUAUAGAAUGGUCUGAUCGAAAAUCGUAAGUGAAGUGUUCCGGACAAGUGCAAAUUUUUCGAUUUGCUGCGUCUCCCGAAAACUAAAAUUACUUUUUUCUUCUCUUUGUUUUUCUUUUUUUUUUAAACUUGGAAGUGUAACUUCGUACAAAGUGACAUAUCCUAAAACUAGUAAACGGGUGAAUCGCGGUCUACGAAGAGGUUUCAGUAUCCAAAGCGCACAGACAUCAAGGAAUAAUCGUCUUGUACGCUAGGAAACGUGGACUUUCUACAAGAAUUUUAAUACAAGUGUUUUAAGCGCCAACGAAGAUCAUUGUCGUAGCAAAGAAAAGAAAGAAACAAAAAAAAGAAAUAACUUAGGAAAGAAGGGGAACGUCGAGUCACAUUACUGAAAUUUCAUGUAAGACUUGUACUCCAUGAUUUUGCUCCAUCUGACUCAAUGCAAUUACGCGUCUGGUGUCCCUCAAGACCCCAGUCGCAGAGUGUGCAUAGAUGUUUGUAAAACUAUUUUGAUAGGGCGAUAACCGUGAAACGUGUCAAUUGUAAUGGAUGUUAAGAGGCUGGAAAUCAUCCACAAAUGAUACGUCGAGACAUAAAGAGGGGAAGACCGAUAUAUCAUGAGAACGUUGCUUACUGAGGAUGCAUUUUUGGGAUAUCCGGAAUAGAUGAACUGUGGAAUGUUAUUCAUAAAGUAUAGAUGUUUUUUCCGUUCGUUGUUAGACUAGAGAAACUGUGCAUGAUUCCAGAGUUACUACGUUUCAAGCGGUUCGUUUGAACAAGUUUGCCAAGGACAGUAUCAUAGAAAUUUUAUAUUUACAAGUAUUGCUGCAAACGCUUUUACUAUUUGAACAAGAUUCAGAAUGUAUAUCCUAAGAGACUAGACACGCGAAGAACGAUGGCGAACUGUUUUUCUUACCGUGAGGAAAGUAAUCGAGGCAUUCAAAUAAUUUUGCUUUUUAUCGAUUUUAAAUAGCUUGCAGGAACUUUAGAAAUUAGAUUCAGCUAAUCAAGAGAGGUAUAUUAUCCGUGUAAAGAAGAAAGAGCUGCCGUGCGAAUCCUAAAUUUUCAACAGAAGACUUAAAAAAGAAAUCGAGGAAAUAGAAGCUUGCGCUUCAUUUUAGUAUAAUUCCAAGAGAUUAUCGCGUCUAGUCAACUUUUAAUCGUCAUUAAGCUUUUUAUUAUUCGCGACGAACUUUGACAAAAAAUGAAAAGAACGCGUCGAAUUUUCUGAUACUUGCAGACGAUGUAGAAUAUUAUUUUCUACAAGAUGGCGGCAGCUAUUAUUGCAAAUGUCGCUAUUACAUUUAUGAGAAAAAUUUUGCUAGAAUUUUAAUGUCGUCUUGGGACGACGAGCCAAAGUUAAAUAAAAAUACUGGUUCCUCAGAAUGGACAACUAUUCAUAGGCAAUAAGAGCGUAAAGUAACUUUUACGAAGUGAUUAUCGAGGUAUCUAAUUCUUACUGAAACUCAAGAUAUAUUAAUUAAGUGUAUAAGCGAGUUUAUUAGCGGGGUAUUAAAAGAGAAGAAGAAAAAAAGAACAGACAACAAACUGCUGUUGGCAAACUUAAUCAGAUACAAAAAUUAACGUCCCAUCAUGGUUAGUGAAUUUUGUCAUAUCAAAUUGUUGGCGUCUAAUUUAUCGAGGAUAAAAAAACUGUUAAUGUUGCGGACCGAUUAUCGUUCGAAAGAAGUAGAAACGAGUCGAAAGUGCUCCGUUGGCCGCACAAUAUUUCGUAUUCAAUAGUUCCAUUUUUUUUUCUUGUGAUUCAUUGAUAAAUAACGUGGUCGUUCCAGGAACUUGAAAACGUUGCUCGUUCCUACUUCUACAAGCUGUAUUCACGAACUCGACAGUGAAACGAGCCUGUGCUGGCGUUAAAAUUUGGAAAGACAAUUAUUUGAUAUGAAUAUGAAGGUUCUUCUCCAAUGUAGACACUGAAAGGUACAGCACUUGCAUGAUUUUAUUAAAUAUAAAUGAUUCUGUGCUAUAUUUCUCCGGUGUCUGUGCUACAUUAACAGCUCGAAGGAUUUUCUUCCUUCCGUGUGUAACAAAAUGGUUCGUUUUGAAAACGUAUUUUAUAACAAGAAUCUUUCUACCUGUCCGAAGAUGCACAUGAUACUUUGAAUUUUUUAAAUUCGUUUAAAUUCAAUUUUCUGAAGUAGAAAGAUUCUUCGACGCGAUAGACGUGAGUUAUCCAGAUUUUAAUCUCCAUCAAAGCUGAAUAUUUAUUUAAGCUUUACUUGGAAUCGGGACCACUUAUAGACUCUUAGUUUGAGCACAAUCACAAUGACUCUUUUUUCUAUUGAUAUUUCUAUUAGAUAGUGGGAAGAAGAGAGUAAAAAUAAUGGAAGAAGAUUAAUACUUCAAUCGCCAUAUCAAACAUUGAAGAUGUAAAUGUUGUGUCGUCAAUCCUCAAUUCCGGAUACCAAACAAAAUUAAUCUCAUUAAGAUUCGCGAGUUACAAGAGGAAAAAGAUUGUCCGCUUUAUAAGAAUUUUUAAUGACAUUGGGACUGGCUAUCAGUGUGUUAAUCAAGCAUUUUUGUUUAAACGAGAACCGCCGGCACAAGCAGUUCCACAUUAUUAAAUUGUUGCUACAGCAUUAAAUUCAUUGUUACCCGUAGGUAAUACACUUUACUCAACAUAUCACUUAUGAGCGAGCACUCUAGAUUCGUAGGCUUUAAUUAGACUAUUCGACUAGACAUAUUUAGAAGUAUGUAUCAGCAAUCAUAAAAAAAAGAUGAAGUCCCAAAUUGAUAAAAUAGCGGUGCGCGCGCGCGCGCGGGUGUGUGUGUAUGCGUGAAGGAAGGCUGUAAAGGUGUUGUCUUUAAGAAUUACGUUUUAAAAAUUUCUUCUAGCGAGCUCAGAGCGAUUCACAGCGGAUACUUUCAUUACACAUGAAUUGAUUAUCAGCUGAUCAGACCUUUGUGAUUGCAGCUGGUAACAAAUUUUUUAAUGAAGCAGCAAAUACUCACAUUAAGCUGAUCAAUCAUCAAUCAGUGCAAUAAUGUAUUUUUAAGUAUAAACAUCGCUUGUGUAUUUGUUUUAUUAAGAACUGAUUUUACCUAAUGGCUCAAAUCACUAAUUUUGCACUACUGAAAAUAAUUGUUUUUUUAAUUAUUUUAAGCCGUGCAUUCUAUGCAGACUGAAGAUAGAGAUCAGUUGAUAAUCACUUUGUAUUUAUUUUCUAGAGACUGUUUCCUAAUACUUGAAUCUUUAAUGUUUAAUUAUUUACGGGAAGGGAGGUAUAUAUAGUUUGGUGAUAGAGAGGAAGAAGGCAAUCCAAGUUACUGGUUCCUUGGGGAUUUAAUUCUGGUUGCACAUUCUGCUGAAUAUGUUUUAUGAGAUAUGAAUAUUUUUUGGCACUUGGUCCCACUGUGAAGCAAAUAAUUGUAGUCUCUGCUCUCAAUUUUCCCUUUCCACUUAUGAAGAAGGAGGUAACAUAUCCUGCCAAAUUGCAGUAAUAUUAAUGUAUACAAUAUUUUUGGAUGCAUUACGGUUAGUAAUCAAUGGAAGGAAUGUCGGUUAAAAGAGUUUAAUAUUUCUACCUUGCAUAAUUUAUUCACAUACUUAUAAUCAAUCUAUUUUUGGGAUUUGAAAAUUGUAGGCGUACAGAGCAAUACUAUUCAACAAAUUAUGCAACCAGUACUUAAAAAAAAAGACAGUUUAUAUAAUCAUUAACAAAUGAUAUCCAUUGUUCCAGUAUUUUGGGUUACAUAAUUGGGUUACAAAUUAAUAAGAAUAUUGUACAUGAAUAUUGGAAACAUUCACACCAGUUAAUAGAAGAUAUUGAUCGUAUGAUAGAAACAGAUUUUCUCUUAGAUGUUUGAUUUUAUUAAAACAUAUUUCCUUUUUAUUUCACAGAUAUAGUCCUCCUUCUUUUCUUUAGUUACAUAUGGGCACAUUCUAUCUUUGUAGAAUGGUUUAAUACAAUAUUAUAUUAGUGGUUAAAAGUAAAUAAAUCUAUAAAUUUUAUUAUAUUCAGUUACAUUUGAAGACUAAUUAGAUUGCAUAUCAACACAUCAUCUGUGUAAUUUCUAUGAUGUUCAAGUAUAGUAAUGACUAUUCCGAGUAAUUUUUUUUCGAGAGACGUAAUCAAAAAAUGGAUACAGUGAAUUCGGUAAUUUGUACAAUUACUAGAGAUGAAUUUGUCAAUUUAUAUUACAGCAAUAUAUGCAUAUAAAAUAGUUGAAAUUUUAUAGCAAUGCAUAGCAAAUUAUUCGAACUGCGUAGUUAUAUCAAUUGAGUUCGAUUUUUCAAAUAAUUAUACAUUUUAAAAGCAUUUAACUGUCUUAUAAUACCGACUUGUAAACAAGUCGUUUAAAAUCAAUUAAAAAAUAUUUUAUUUAACAAAUCGUAUCGGUUAUAUCGAUGUCAGUAAUUGCAAUUCGAGAAUCGAAUUGAACGACUCCUAUAUAGACGAUAUUCUCUAUGUAAGUAUUUUCCAGUAAUAUAUGUAUGUAUACACAUUUGUUCUUUUAUUCUAUUGAAUAAUUAAAAGGCUGAGAAAAUCGUCGAUUUAAAUAGCGUAAGUCAAUAAUAUCUUUCUAUAUGUUAAUUUUUUUAUGUUGUCAAAAGUAUAUUUAUAAAAAUACAUCUUUGGUGUUGUAUAAUACCUUGGAAUAUGUUGUACUUCAGAGCUACAUCACGGCGUGGUGAAUAUAAUAUGGCAUUUUAAGUUCUUUCCUUGAUUAGACACCGUUACUCCAGAUAUAUUUCUUAUUUACAACAUUAACACUAGCGAAAACGUCAAGAAUUUAACGCUAAACAUUCUAUUACGUUCUACUGGAAACAGAAACAUUUCGACAACACUUCGUGAGUGCAUGACAGCUUGAGCUGAACCGAAUAUUGUACGAUUAUAAUAAAUCCAAUCAACUUGAUUCUACCGUGUUUGCCCGAUAUUGAAUUUUAAAUUAAUUUCUGU